AUGGCGAGUGGCAUUGCCGACAGGGCCCAGGGGGUUGCCAAAGAGGAUUACGAGAAAGCCAAGCUCCUCCUCAACGAUGCCGCGCGGAGCGGAUCUUACAUGUACCCCAUCAAGGGCAUAUUCUACUUCUUCGCCCACCCGGAGCUAUGGAAACCCCUCCGAUCGCGCAUCAUCCCCUACUUCUCCCUCUACUCCAGCGUUCUGGGCUCCAUGUUCUUCUUCACCUACCUCCCACAACUCGCCUUGAUGGCCUUUGUCAACGGUCCCCUGGCCGUGUUCACUACGGCUCUCUUGAUCCUGAACGAGAGCUCGACCAUCACGGGGAUUGUAUCGCGGAACUAUCUGCUGCAGGAUGCGAUCUUGGACACGUUUGAUGGGACGCUGGUGGCGAGGAAUAAGAGCCAGGUUGUGGCGGAGGGGAGGGAAGUGAAGAGGAGUGGGGAUGCGAUUCAGAGGUUGGGGAAGGCGUUGAAGAAGCCGUUUGGAAGGUUUAGUGUGAAUGAGUUGAUUCGUUAUGUGAUUUACCUGCCGCUUAACUUUAUUCCGGUUGUGGGGACUGUGGUGUUUAUCUUGUUGCGAGGACGAUCCCGUGGCGAGUCGGUGCAUGAUCGGUACUUCCAGUUGAAAGGUUGGCCCUCGGCCAGGAGGUCAAAGUGGCUCAAAGAGCAUAGGGGGCCUUAUACUGCAUUUGGCACCGUCGCCACUCUACUCGAGCUGAUCCCCGUUGCUUCAGUCUUCUUUUCCUUCACUAACACAGUCGGAGCUGCUCUCUGGGCCGCCGACAUUGAAGCGAAGGAAAGCAAAAUGGCCGACAGCACAGCACCGGAACUACGGGAGGCAGCUAAGAAGGCUGAGUAA